UCCCCUGACUCGGAAAUUUGCGGCGGAUGAAUUUGAAUCGCUUCUUCACAGAAAAGAGAUUAACAUUGUGCUAAAAAGAUUUUUGGACCUUGUGAACCACUGGAAAUCAGUGGCAGAAAUUGCUGGUUUAGGGGGUGGGCAGGCACCCCCCCCAGCUUUUGCUAAAUUGUCAGAUUUGCUGUUACCUUGCAGCAAAAAAGAAGAAAGGAAUUUAUCAAAAAUGAAUUUUUCUAUAAGGGAAGCCCAACCUUCUGAUGCCAACCGCGUCUUUGAUUUGAUCAAGGAAUUAUGUGUUUAUCAAGAAAAGCCUUUAUCUGAAGUUGUGAUCACUGCUCAAGAUCUAAUUGAUGAUGGUCUCCAAAGCGGCAAUUUAUUCAGGUGUUUGGUUGCGGAAAUUGAACCGUCAGAAGAAGCUGAUAAACAGGACAUGAAAGAGAUGGCUGGCUAUGCGUUGUAUUUCUAUGGAUAUUCAACUUGGAAAGGAAGGUUACUCUACCUCGAAGACAUGUAUGUUCAGCCCAAGUACAGAGGUAUUGGCAUUGGAACAGGAUUCUUUAAAAGAAUAGGACAGAUCGCAGUUGCAAUGAAGUGCUGCCGGAUAGCAUUCACGUGCCUGGAUUGGAACGUGUCAGCCAAAGAGUUUUACAACAAAAUUGGUAGCGAAGAACAACCAGACUGGAAGCUAUUUUAUUUUAAAAGCAAUAGCAUAGAAAAUUUCUUAAGCAAGUUUACAUAAAAUUCCUCGUAAUUGAUAAGCGAUAGCUUUUUUCCUUUGUUAUGUGAUAACUUAGUAUACGACUUUUAUACCACUAAAGUGUAUAAUUUUUAUUAUGAUUUGUGUUUGGUAACUUCCAAAGCUAGGCUUGUAAAUCGUAAGACUUGCAUUGCAAGAAACUAAGAUAAAAUAAAAAGAUCUCUACUUGAGCUAAUUUGAGAUCUCUACUUCGACUCUUCA